AUGGAAGAAUCCAUGGCAUCAUAUGAAAAUAAAGAAGUAACACUGAUUGGAUGGGGCCUUAAUGAGACCAUGGGUACACUUACCCCCAGACUACAUAAGGUCUCAUUGAAAACCAUAACCCUAACCGAAUGUCGUUUAUCGUUAUUAUCUGUAAUACACAGAACUAAUCUUUGUGCCGGAGGUUAUGGUAAGGGUCAAUGUUCUGGAGACUCUGGUGGUCCCUUAUUACUAAACAACAAACAAAUUGGUUUGGUAUCUUGGAGUAUUAAACCUUGUGGACAAAAGCCGGGAGUUUUUACAAAUAUUUCGUAUUACAUAGAUUGGAUCAAAGAACAUAUUAAAUAA